AUGAAGUUUCUUUCUAAGCAGACGUUAGUCGUUUCUGCGACUGCUGUGUACAUUACAGUCACCUGUGUUUCAGCACGUGAAUCAACGGGACACAAAAUCUGGGACGGUGUUGUCCAUGCCGGACAGGCAACUGGCGCAGGGAUCCAAUAUGCGGGAGAGGCGGCAGCGACGUUGGGCAAGGUGCUUAAAGAUGACCCUGUCAAAGCAACAAAGGAUGGAACAGACGCUGCUAGAAAAGCAGCAAGUGAAUCUGUUGAAACGCUGAAAAAGAGUGGGCAGGACGCGGCAGGUCGGGCAGCAGAUGCUGUCAAUUCUGUAAAAGAGAAAGCUGCCGGAGCGGCUGGUACGAUUCACAACACCGUGAAGGAAUGGGCUGAAGGAUCUCGCGAACAGGCUGCGGCGAAGGCUAAAGAACUACAGCGAAAGUUACAAGAGUCUGGUGGGAAUAUUAAGGACACUGCAUCAACCUGGUGGACCUCCGCCAACGAGGCCGUUAAGGAUAGACUCGAUGAGGCAAGCCAAACUGCCAAAGACAACAGCGUAAACGCUAUGGAGACGGUUUCUUCCUUGGUAGGAACAAUUUCCGAAAGUGCCGAAAAAGGGGCACAUGAAGUAAAGGAGAAGUCGGCAGAAGCGGGGGGACGUCUGAAGGAAAAAGGAUCGUCGUGGUGGCAGGAUGUGUCUUCUGCCUUGGAAGGCACAGCUGAAGAUGCCAAGAGAAGAACGGCAGAUACCGCCUCGACGUGGAUGAACAACGCAAAAAGCGCGGCAGAACACGCUAGCGAUACAGCCUCGUCAUGGUCGGACAGUGCGAAGCGAUCUUCUGACGGCGUGAAGGCAGCCGCAACUGAGGUCGCGGACAGAGCAAAAGACAAAACUGCGUCAUGGUGGAGUGAUACGAAAGAGAAAGCUGGGGACAUGAAACACCAAGCGGAGAUUGCGGUGGACGAGGGGGAAGAUAAGGCAGCUUCGUGGUGGGGUUCUGCGAAAGGCAAAGGCCAAGACCUCAAAGAUAGCACAGGCGGUGUUGUCGCCAAGGCGAGACACGCCAUUUCAUCCUGGUGGGGAGGCGCAAAGGAUGAAGCACGAAGAGCCCAGCAGAGCAUUUCGGACAUCACAGAAAAGGCUAAAACGUCUGCCCCGUCAUGGUGGGAAAGUGCCAUGAGCAAGAAGGAGGAAGCAAAAGAAGCAGCAGAGAAUGGAGCCACCUCCUGGUGGAGAACUGCCACUCAAGCAACAGUCCAUGCUGGUGAUGCUGCGAAAGAAGCAAAACGACAGGCAUCUGUGUGGUGGGGCAGCGUAGAAGAUAAGGCGGGAGACGCAGAAGACGCUGUGAAGGAGACGGCUUCUAGCUGGUGGCGAACCGGGGAACAGGCCAAUGAAGCUGCCAAAGAGGCAGCGGCUAAAGCACAAGAACAAGCGAACGCUUGGUGGAGUGGCGCAAGAGAAAAAACUGCAGAAGCAAGAGAGUUAGCGCAGGAGGUGGAAGACAAAGCGACCGAAACGGGGUCUUCAUGGUGGAGCAAGUUAACUGGCGCCACAGAAGAUGCUGGAGUUGAUACCAAACUGAAAAUUGCCAAGAAGAUGAAAGAGGUAGCUGAAGACGCAACUCACUUGGCUUCUAGUUUUGAAAAACAAGCUUCCGAUGAGAGAAUGCACCGCAAUCAGAAGAAAAGGGAAGAACACUAA